AUGCAGAGCUUCGAGUUCGUCACAAAAUCUGGCAGCCUCAAGCAUCUCCCGGCAGAGGCGUGGUUCGGGAAUCCCUGCAUUUCAGACAUCGAAUAUUUCAUCAAAAGUCUGUCAGUCGUCAAGGGGAAGGAAGUCAGACCUGAGCUGAUUGGAUCCAUCAUCACGCAUUACGCGUCGAAAUGGAUUCCCGAGCUCGGACGAGACGACGACGACACAGAAUCGGCGGCGAUUGCCGGGUUAGAAGAAUCCCCCGAGUCGGUCACGGCUGCAUGGAGCAAGAAAAGGUUCUUCGUGGAAUCGCUCGUCGGGAUUAUACCUCCCGAGAAGGAUUCGAUCCCGUGCAACUUUUUGCUGAGGCUGCUGCGCGUUGGGAACAUGGUUCGCAUCGAGCCGGGUUACCGUUUGGAGCUGGAGAGGCGGGUUUCAUGGCAGCUCGACCAGGCCUCGUUGAAGGAGCUGAUGAUUCCAUCGUUUAGCCACACGGCCACGACUUUGCUCGACGUCAAGCUCGUCCUCCGCCUGGUGAAGGGAUUCAUUAGUACAGAAGUCGCCAAAAGCGGCGCUGCAGUUAUGAAAGUCGCAAAACUUAUGGAUUCUUACCUCGCUGAAGCAGCUGUCGACUCGUGCCUGACAUUGGCUGAGUUUUUGGAGCUCGCUUGCGCUCUCCCGAGCCAUUCUCGCCCCAUGGAUGAUGGGCUUUAUCGCGCCAUCGACACCUACCUCAAGGCGCAUCCAUCGCUUCCAAAGCAAGAACGAAAGAUGCUCUGCAAGCUGAUCGACAGCCGGAAGCUCUCCACCGAGGCGUCCCUCCAUGCAGCACAAAACGAGCGGCUGCCUGUGCGCGCCGUCAUCCAAGUGCUCCUCUCCGAACAAACAAAGCUUAGCAGGCACGCCGAAUGGAGCGGCUCCCUGAGCGCAGCGCGCAGUCCAUCUGCGCUCAGCCUCGACAUCCCAACUCGGUGCCUGUCCAAGCGCGAGACGAACAUUCAACAAGCUGAGAUCAAGCGGCUCAAGGAAGACGUACUGAGGCUGCAGAGCCAGUGCAUUGCCAUGGAGAAGAAGAUGGAGAAGCUGCAGGUUGAGACGAAGAAGAAGAAGCGUGGAGGAUCGUCGUCGUACUUCAGCUGGAAGAAGCUUGGGAUCAUUCGCGCUUUCCGAAGGAGCAGGAUUGGGGAGAGUGAAGAAGAAGGUGAAGUUGCUGCAAUGGCGAUCAAACCGCCAUUGGAGAUUAAACCGAAGCUUCACAGAGGCAAAUCGUCGAACAGGAGGCGGACAAUGUCGUGAAUUCGUGAUCGCUGGUGUUACAGUUGCUCUGCUUCUGCAGCUUCCCCUGUACUCGAUAACGAUCGAUGUACAUCCUCUGUGCUGUUCAUAUCCGCUCUGUUCAUCUGCA